CACCCUGGCUGUGGAUAUGAGCCUUCAGACGGUGCCGAGGCGCACCGACGCACUAACGUACGGUCACUGAUCCCGGGACGGACUCCCCCAGCCUGUCGUGCUCCCGUGCCGGUUCGUCGACAGCCACCAGGCUUCCUGAGAGUGGUCAGCUCUUGUCAGCUUCCCUAAGAAACAGAAGGUCACAGGAGGAAACGCUGGAGGGACAAAGUUUGGACUAUGCUAGCGCUAACAGAACAACAACCCAAUCGUGAGCAGAAAAUUACAGAACGAGGAGCUUUUUGAAGCAUAAUGUAGCUCAUUCAGACGUCUUUCCUGCAACAUCUUUGCUUUGGUGAUUUCAUCGGCCAAGUGUACACUGAGGGACAAAUGGAGCAGGUCGGGGAGGAUCUCAACCUCUCCUAUCUCCUGGAACAUGAAAGAGACAUGAUCCUGAAGGUGCUGCAGAAAGAUGAGAAAUUGAGGAAGCGAGAGGAUAAGAGGAUACGGAAGCUGAAGAAUGAGCUGCUGGAGAUCAAACGGAAAGGGUCCCGUCGGCCCCAGGAGGUGGAGGAGCGACAGUGCGCUCGUUGCCUGAAGACUUUGGGCCUCAUCUUCGGCCGUGGAGAUCUCUGCAAGGAGUGCCAGCUGCGCGUCUGCGACGACUGCCGCGUUACAUCUCCCAAAAGACGGCAGUGGAGAUGUAACGUUUGUGCCAAGAUCUCGGAGCUGAAGGUGGUAACAGGAGAGUGGUUCCUGGAGGAGCGGUCCAAGCGCUUUGAGCAGGGAGUGCCGAGCGGCGACGUGAUCAAACAGACAAUCAUGAGUAGCCCGACCAUCACAGACAAAAAGUCAACAGAAAACCUGUCAAACCCUUCUGAGUCUGAGGGACCCGACACCCCGAAAUCCAACAGAAGUGCAAUACUUAACAUCGGUGCCAGGAGGAAAGGAAGGAUGAAGAUGGAUAAGAAAGGCAGCCGACCGGCCUUGAAGCCGGAGAAUGGAGUCGACGGCGUCUCUGUCAAAUCUGUUUCGGCUGGAGACGCUCACAGCGUAAGAAGUGUUCGCUCGGCACCGAGUCCACGUUCCAACAGGGGCGAUGCCGAGGCCUUGGAGUCCUCAGGGAUGCCCACUGUACCCAACAACCUGCGUUCCCGAACUCCGGACUCUCUCAGCGACAACCGGCGGGUCAGGCCUGAUGGAGCGGAGAGCGUUACCAGUGUACAGUCCAGUGACAGUGCGCCUGAGAAAAAAGCUACUGGCCAUCACAGGACAAAUUCGGGCACCCCGACAAUUUCUGUGUCCAGGGCCUCGGUUUCAUCAGAUCACAGUCGCUCGGAGAUGGACCUGUCAGCUCCUGGUUCUGAACCCAGCGACGACACCUUCAGUCUCAGGAGCCGUUCAGUCCCCGGGCUCAACGAAGCAGGGUUUUCUGAUGAGGAUGCGGAGGAAGACAUUGAUGCCCUGAUGUCAGCUCACAGUAAGACUGCCAACCGACGCUUCAGCAACGCACUGUCAACGUCUUCCACUCCUGGCUCAGAGAGAAGGUGGGGGUACCUCAAUAUCCCCGACUCAGAUGCUGAGACUAGUAGUAUAAACAGCAUGAUGAGCAUGUACAGUGAGACUGGUGACUAUGGCAACGCCCGGGUGAGUGGCGAGAUCCUGCUGAACAUCAGCUACAGCUACAAGACCGGUGCUCUCAACGUCCUGGUGAAAGAGUGUCACAACCUGGCCACGGGAGACGAGAAGAGGCAACGCACGGACACAUAUGUGAAGACGUACCUGCUGCCAGAUACGUCACGGCAGAGCAAGAGGAAGACGAGCAUCAAGGCCAACACCAUUAACCCUGUUUUCAAUGAGAAUCUGAGGUACGUGAUCAGCCACUCUCAGCUGGAGACUCGAACGCUGCAGGUCUCGGUAUGGCACCACGACCGGUUUAGACAGAACAGCUUCCUGGGAGAGGUGGAGCUGACCUUUGACUCCUGGGAGUUUGAUUCCCAAAUAGAGGACUGGUACGCUCUGCUGCCCAAGGCGGAGGGCAAUAUAGACUCCUCAAUGCAGUAUAAAGGAGAACUGACUGUCGUGUUGAAGUACAUACCUGCAGAGAAAAACCUCACGCUGCCGCUGGACCAAGUACAAGUGAAGAAGGGCUUCCUGAAAAGCAAGAAGACGAGCAGCUUCACUCUGCCUAAAGGGGGCAUGGUGGAGCUGCUGGUCAAAGGAGCCAAAAAUCUAACUGCAGUCAAGUCUGGAGGCACGUCAGAUGCUUUUGUGAAAGGAUAUCUCCUCCCUGACAGCAACAAGUCAACCAAGCACAAGACGGUGGUGGAGCGACGCACUGUGAACCCGCAGUGGAACCACACCUUCACCUACUGCGGCCUGCAGCCAGGAGACCUCAACAACGUCUGCCUGGAGCUCACCGUGUGGGACAAAGAAGCCCUGAACAGCAAUGUCUUCCUGGGAGGAGUCAGGCUCGGAGCUGGCACAGGCAAAAGCUAUGGUAAUGAGGUAGACUGGAUGGACUCAAACGGGGAGGAACAGCAGCUGUGGCAACGCAUGAUUGAAAACCCAGAAGUCCCUCAUGAGUGUACUCUGAUGCUACGAUCCAGCAUGCGCAAGUGCAACACAUAAACUGGACCAAAUUACAGACAAGAGAGGAUGAAAGAAGAAUCAAAGAGAGAGAAAGAUGUGACGUGAAGGCAGAAGGAGAGAGCUGGAGACGAAAGUGGAACGGUUGAGAAAAAAAAAAAAGUGUCCAGGACUCAAAUGCUCAUGAGGGAAUAGAAACCGCCCGUCUUCCUAAUUCUUUCCCCAUGAGAGGCCCUGUGCAGCCAGUCAAGCCUUACAUCCACAUGUGUCGUCGUCCCCCCCACAGCCUCCCCCGCCGUCCAAAGCAUCUAGUCUUUGACAAAGCACUACUGUUUACCAUUGUAUAUGAAAAACAUGUUCUAUGUAACUUACCUAGUCGAAUAAGCACACAGUGUGACUCCUGAUGUGUCCGUCCUCGUCUCGGUGCUUCAUGAACCAGAGUCAUAUCUGCAUGUAGUUACAGCUGACGGAGAUCUUUUGUAAGGCGUUAGACCCGGCUCUGCUCAACGAUGUAGAGACUUAGACAUUCCCUUUAUAAGCAACUAGCUGCAUCCUGGUUCGCAUGAUGAUGCUGAGAGUCAUUCCCUUAUAAACAGAGGUGGAGAGUGACGAGUUCUGGUGCUACUGUCUUACUCAAGUAGUUGACUUAAUUAUUACCGAGGAAAACAACUUAGUUGAAAUUACAAUAGUAGCACUUUUGAAGAACUUCUCAUCUCCGUUAAUCUUCACUGCCCUCUCCAAAGUAGUGACCAUGUUUUAUUUAUAAGCGUUCUUUUCGAUCACUUUAUGAGGGAAAAUAUUAUUAAUAAUGGAGUAUCCUCCUACAGGCUGCUCUGAUAUUGUACGUGAGGUGAAAGUAUAAAUACUGAUUUUAGAAUAUACUAAAAAACAAGGACUGCAGCUAACUUUGUGGAUGAUUUGUGGAUUUCAAUCACUCAAUUAGUCGUUUUGAAAAACGCCAGAAAAUGUGUGAAAAGUGGCCAUCAAAUAUGACGUCUUCAAAUUUCAAAAGUUUGUCUUGUCCAACAGUUUCCAACCUAAAGACACUCAAUUUACAAUGAAAUGAAACAGCACAAGAUAACAAAUCCUCACAUUUGAGGAGCUGGAACAAUCAAAUGUGGAGCAUUUUUAGCCACGCUAGCGACUUUAUUGAUGGUCAGUCAACAACGAUUUGAGGGAUUGUUAUUAUAUUUUGUUCAGAUAUUUAAGGUUCCCAGUCAAUGAAUGCUAAUGAUUUUAGUGGACAUGACUUUAGUGCCACCAUGAGGUUGAUAUUAGUGGUUUUGAGUAAAAUAUCUCAACGACUUUAAUAGAUUGAAAUCAUGAAAUUUUGUACAAGUGAAUUGUAGGCUAAUAACUGAUGUGUCUUCCGAGUUUUUAUCAGGUCAAAACUAAUGACAAUGUUUGUGUUUAGUGCUAAUUGGCAAAUACUAGCACGCUAACAGGCUCAACAAAGUUGGUUAACAUGGUAAACAUUAUACCUGUUAAACAUCAUUGCAUUGUUUUUGUGAGCAUGUUAGCAUGCUGAUGUUAGCAAUUAGCUCAAAGCUCCACUGUGCUUAUGCUCUGCCUCACAGAGCUGCUAGCAUGGCUGUAGCGGUGGACCCUUAGGCUCGUGGCUUGAUAAAUGACGACCAGUUAAUUGAAAGCAAAAUUUUUGGCAAAUUAUUUUCUGUUGACCAAUAAUCGACUCGCUUGACGGUGUUGAAAAAUGUACUUGCAGGAACAAGGAGUGCUUACUUUCCACCUCUGGUUGUCAGAAAAAAGAAUCUAGAAAGAUUAUACAAUAAUUAACUUCAAUGUAAAUUAUCAUAACACUGUAUCAGUGUGAUAAUAGAAACUGCAUGGCAUUAGAGAAAACAGGUAGAAGAACAAAAGAAAGGUAUGUAACGCACUGAUAAAUAUAUAAUUUUACACUCAGAAGAGAAAGUGCAGGAACCCUGAGACAGAGGCCGUGUGUUAUAGAGUGAGUCAGCACUGAGGCGAGCUGCCUUCAUCUCAGGGGGAGCCUAAUAAUGACGCAGUGGCAGUCACCUUGUCCCUGUUGCCCGGGGCUCUGCCAUCCACCCUCCAGCGAUAUAUCACAAAUUUCACAAUAACCAUUCAAAAGUUAAACCCCGAACAACCAUUUCUCAUGUGAAAUGCCAAUUUUGUUGCGUCGCUUGUCCUCUGCUCUGAAGUCCCUAAGCGCAACGGUUUCACACUGCACAAUUAUAGUAAUAAUACAUGGUGUUUACUGUACAACAUACUUUAGAUGAGAGGCUCGUGCAAUACCCGAUUACUGAAGAAACUCUUGAUUUACAGCAUGUACUAUCUCUGUUGUCUGGUUUGCAAGCAUCAAACUCUGUAUUCAAACCUAUUUUGUCGCAAAUCUGUCAUUUUGAAAUAAACCCAUCUUUCCAUAGA